AUGGAGCGAGAAGUAGAUUGCCAAACAGACUCGGUUGACAUAUCAGAAGAAAUAAAAAUUUCUGAAAAAGUGAAUGAUAUCCUAGUAUCCUAUGCAAAAAAUUUGAUCCUGAACAAUCCAUCAAAGUCUUUCGAAAAUGAAAAUAUAAUUAAAAAAAGAAUAUAUGAAUGGUCAAGGGAGUAUUUUCAGAAGUUAUAUGAUGAAAAUGGCAAGGAUAACAAAAUUUUAAAGGAUGAUAGGACAGAGUUGGAGACGAGUGUUUCUCAUGUCGAUUGUCCUACGGUAAAAGAUCAAAUUAAAAAAGAGAUGGAACGGGUAAAUUUUAAUAUGGACAACUAA